UCAAUUAAUCAGAGACAUAUCUGUUUAAAGACGUACACAGCCGUGACACACUGACAGCCCAUUUAUUUAUCAUUGUUCAUCACAGGCAGUCAUAAAGUCAUCAACAUGACAGCGGAUCAGCCAGCAACAUCACAGCCUCCCAAAAUCACGCUAUACUGGCUCAACGAUUCCCGCGCGCAGCGCAUGGUCUGGCUGCUCGAGGAGCUCGGGCUAGACUACGACAUCGAGAUGUUCGAGCGCACCUCGGAGAUGUUCGCGCCUUCCGAGCUCCAGAAGAUCCACCCGCUGGGAAAGUCGCCCGUCGUGCGGCUGACUACGCCGGACCCCAUCGACCCGACCCGGCAGAGGGACCUGGUUCUGGCCGAGAGCGGCUUCAUAGCGGAGUACCUCUGCGAGCACUUCGGCGGUCACGGUCCUGGUCAAAGUGGUCUCCUCCCGGCUCGGUACCGCCCCGGCCAGGAGGAGGGACGGCUCGGCGCCGAGACGGAGGAGUGGAUGCGCUGUCAGUUCUUCCUGCACUACGCCGAGGGCAGCCUGAUGCCGCCGCUGCUGGUGGCGCUUAUUCUCAACAUCCUGAAAAGCCCCAGAAUCCCCUUCAUCCUGCGGCCCAUGACCUCCGGAAUAGCGAACAAGAUCAUGGCGGCCUUUGUCGUGCGCCAGAUGGCCAUCCACCUGUCGUUUCUCGAGAGCCAGCUCGAGACAUCCCCGGGCAAGGGGAACUACCUGUGUGGCACACGCCUGACCGCCGCCGACAUACUCAUGAGCUAUCCGCUGAUCGAGGCGAGGGAGCGGGUCGGUUCUUUUAGUACUACUAGUAGUGUCGGGGCCAAGGGCCAGGGGGGGAAGAAGUUGGCCGACAGUUAUCCCAAGGUGUGGGCGUAUUUGGAUCGGUUGGUGGAGGAGCCUGGGUAUAAGCGGGCUGAGUCUAGGAUUGAACAGUUGCAGAAGGGGGGGAACGGGAGGAAGUGA